CAGCCGGCGGCGGGGCGGAGGCGGGCGGCGGGCGGCAGCGGGCUCGGCACUGCGCGGCGCUGCGCGGUGCGGUGCGGCAGCGGCAGCAGCAGCAGCGGCGGCGGUGCCCCCCCUCCCCUCCCCAGCUCCGCGCCGCUCCGCGCUUCCCCCCCCUUCCCCUUUCCCCUUUCCCCGGCGCGGCCGCUCGUCCGGCCGCCCCCAUGGCCACCAAAAUCGACAAGGAGGCGUGCAGGGAGGCGUACAACCUCGUCAGGGACGAUGCCACCGAGGUGAACUGGGUGACUUUUAAAUACAAUGGCUCUACAAUCGUCCCCGGAGACCAAGGGGUAGACUAUGAAACCUUUAAAAGGAAGUGCACAGAUGAUGUUCGAUUGUUUGGCUUUGUCCGAUUCACCACCGGCGAUGCCAUGAGCAAGCGAGUCAAGUUUGCCCUCAUCACUUGGAUUGGAGAGGAUGUCAGUGGCCUGCAGAGAGCCAAAACUGGGACCGACAAGACUCUGGUCAAAGAAGUAGUACAGAACUUUGCCAAAGAAUUUGUGAUCAGUGACCACAAAGAGCUGGAUGAGGAUUACAUCAAGAACGAGCUGAAGAAAGCAGGGGGGGCUAAUUAUGAUGCACAGACUGAGUAAAUGCACGAACCUCUUGGCACCAUCACCUGGAUCUCAAAGGGAGGGGAAAGGCACAACAAAUUAACAUAACUGAGAGAUGAGGCAACUGAAAUCCCCAGCUUUCUGUGUGUGCACCUAAGAACUUCCUUUCUUUGCGUACAGCGGACUUCUAUUUUCCAUUCCAUCUCAUGAAACAUCCCUCUCUGGGGUUCUGAUUUUUUUUCUUCCCCACUUUUUUUACUCAUAACUCUGUCUGUGUUCUUGCAUCUGAGGAAUUUAGGUUUGACUCUGCUUUGGUCCUAUUCAGCAUUGUGUUCAUAGAGGCUUGCCAUUGUGUCCUUCUUCGUAUGCGUGCAUGUCUGUGUGUUUUAGUUGGGCUCAACCUGGUUUCUGAGGGGAGAAAGUUUUGGAGGAGUUCUGAACAUCCGUUAUUUUAGUCUUUUUUUUUAAUUUGUUCUCACUGAUAUUCUUGGGAAUAAUUUUUUUUGCUGUUCUAGGCUCAGAUCAACUGGGGUUGACUUCACUCAAACUUUGAUUAAAUUGUCUAAGCUUCAGUGUCCAGCUGAGAUGUUAUCUAACAGCUUAAACAACAAAGCGAACAAACAAAAAAGUUCAACUCUUAAUAAAUGGGAAUAAAUUUGCCUUAAACAUUGCUUGACAGUUGCUAUGCUAUGUGCUGCAUCUCUACCCCUCCCUCUCAAAAAUAAGAUCCAACAUGAUCUGAAUGUGGGGGUUUUGUUGUUUUUUGGAGGUAUCAUGGCACAGUAAACUGAGGGGCUUAGAAAUGUCUGGACACUUGUUCACUAUUUUGUGUACGUUGGUCUCUGGGUUUGUAUUUGACUUUCCUAAUGCUGGGGCUCAGGAGGUGAAACUGAAAUGCAUAGAUUUCCUUUUUAAAUGAUGUCUGCAAAAAUAGUAGCCGCUGAAUCCUAGCAGCCUUCUCUGCCCACGUCCCCCCUGUUAUUUUGCAGUUAAACACAACAUCUCCAGUUAUUUGGGGCCUUCAGGCAGUGAACCAUCCUGCAGCUGUGACCGAGGGAUGGAGCAGGGCAGCUCUGUCCCAGUCGGGAUGAAACAUUCAACAGCAGAAGCCCAGAGAUAACCUGGGCGCAGUUUGUUUGGUACCAGAUUGUUUGUUUGGGGGGCUUUUUUGUAUGGCUUUUUUUUGUUCCAUCAAAGGUAAUCGUCCCCAGAAUUAUGUGUAGGGGGAAACCGUGUUGUACUGGGGCUUGGGAGUCAGCGCUAUAAACCCAUUACAGAAAUAAAUGUUUUUCAAGAACA